AUGGCCGGGGAGCCGCAGGGGGCCCUGGAGCUCCCCCUCUGGUUUGGUGGCAGCCAGGCAGCCAGCAGGGGCUCAGCGGCUGCGGCCGGGCGGCGCUCCCAGCGCCGGAGGUCCACGCUGGCCGUGGAGCUCGAGGAGCUGGACAAGGAGCUUCAGACGGAUGCGCGGCAGAUUGCGGAGUUGAAGAUGCUGAAGGCCUUGGCCCUGGUCCUCUACACCCUGGGGCGCAUCGCGGCGAAUCUUGGGGCCCUGGGCUUGUCGAGUCGAAGGAGGACAUUCAGCGCGGUUCUGAGGCCCAUCGUGACCGGACUGGGCGUGGCGGUGUUCCUUUACCGGGAAGACCGCUUUUCUACGAAGUCACAGUUGCAUAUCUGGAGCCGCCGUACAGUCCUUUUGCUUGCGGUGUUUUUCUAUGAUGAAAGUAUGACAGGCUUUCGAAAGUCGUGGCCCGUGUUCUCAAUUCUGCCUUGGGAGAUCAUUUGCAAUGUACUGCAGGUACAUAUGACCAAUCUCAAGUUGCAAGCUUUGGGGUGGCGGUUGAUGGCCAUGUUUUGUCACAUGCUGGCUGCGGCUGGUUGUGGCUCCUUGCUCAUGGCUCUGGUGAUGAUCUCUUUUAAGAUACCCUUCGGAGAUUUCGGCAAUGGGACAAGAACGAUUGGGGCCGCUGACAUUGGCUACCCGGCCUUCUCUCUGCUGCUCUUCAGCUUCUUUUGCUGCUGGACCACUUUGUUCAGCCAGUGUGGGGCACUCUGCCAUGCUGCAACCGGGGCGAUAGUGGCGGCGCACGGUGAUGAGGCCCUGAGGUCCACGGCGUGUUUCUUGUACCUCAAUGCCCUUCUCGUCAUUCUUGGUCCCGUGCUUGGCUUUUGUGGUACCCUCUUCUUCGUGGCGGGCAAAGAGGGGCGCAUGACGUGGAUGACUCUGGACGUCGUGGUGCAGAUCUUCACCGCACUGGCCUUGAGUGGGAUGAUGGGCCCGCGGAACCCGAUGGAGGCCUUCCGCAAGCUCGCGGACCUGUCUGGAUAUGGCUUCGAAUGCUCCAAGCGCAUCGCUUUUCCUGGGCACAUUAACGAACAAGCUGCAAAGUGCAUUGUGUCCUUCCCCGGAGUGUACAAUGCUCUGUGGGACAAGGCCGUGAAGCAUGUGAGGGCUGACUCUGUGAGCGAAGACGAUGCGUGCUCGUUGGCAUGCGUGUUCUUGACAGAUGUGGAUUCUGGUUUGGGACAGCACUCUAUCAAUCCAGAUACACCUGGCAAGUGCUGGUGCCAUAGCAUCUAUGGUCACGUUCGGGCAUCUGCAUACCUCCGUGUGGUGGAGGUGGAGCCAAGCCAGAGUGAUAGUUCCGAAACCCGGAUGAUGUUGGCACACGAGAAGGCAGAUGCCCAUGCAAUGGGCCAGCUGGUGUUGAUCAAGAACGAGCAGAGCGACUUCGAAUGGCAGAAAGAGCUUGCAGACGCCCUGCGACGCGCACGGGAGCUCUGUGAGCUGAACGAUGGACGAGCUCCUUGGGGUUGCCAGUGGUUCGAGGUGUGGAAACGGAAUGUCGACCAAGCAGUGGACCUGAAGCAAGAGCUGCAUGUGUUCUAUUUCCAAGGUCGGAGGGGGCAAGGGAAGCUGUCUUGGGAUCAGCUCUGCGACGCAGCUGCCCAGAAGAAAGCUCGAAGGGACAGCGGGUUGGGUGCAUCCCAGACUGCCGAAGUGGCUUACCUCAUGAAGAUGGGCAUCAUGUUCAGGGAGCAUGACGUCCAGGACUUUCUGAGCUUCCUUGCUGGGGGCUGA